AUGUUGGUGCAUAUAUUUGGUGCGGCUUCAUCUCCAAGCUGUUCCAAUUAUGCUCUGAGGAAAACCGUUGAUGACCAUAAGGAUGGAUUUGCUGAAGCAGCCAGCACAAUACAGUCCAAUUUCUACGUAGACGAUUGCCUUAAGUCUGUAGCAUCAACUGAGAAAGCCAUUGCCUUAGCUGACGACCUGCGUACCAUUUGUGAUAAAGGAGGGUUCAAGCUGACAGCUUGGAUUUCGAACGAUAGGGAAGUGAUGGCUACAAUCCCUAAGGAGCUUUGGGCUAAAGGUGUCAAGGACUUAGAUAUCAAACAGAACAGCCUGCCGGUGGAACGUGCCUUGGGAGUUCAAUGGUGCGUGGAGUCUGACACUUUUAGGUUCAGAAUUCAACUUACUGAAAAACCUCCAACAAGUCGUGGGAUUUUAUCAACCGUAUACUCAGUCUACGAUCCAUUGGGGUUUCUUUCCCCAUUCAUACUCAAAGCAAAGGCUAUUUUGCAGGAACUCUGUAAGCUGAAGCUUGGCUGGGAUGACAAUGUACCAGAGCCUUACCUUGGUCAGUGGAGAGAUUGGUUACAAGAUUUGCCCAAGCUGUCAGGGUUCAGCGCAGAUCGUUGUGUGAAACCUCAGGGUUUUGGAGAGAUAGCCUCCGCCGCUUUACACCAUUUUAGUGAUGCUUCAGAAACGGGCUAUGGUGUCGCCUCUUACCUACGUGCGGUGAAUGCAGAAGGACUUGUACAUUGCUGCUUGUUCCAGUCUAAGUCACGUGUGGCACCUCUCAAGCAGGUCUCAAUAGUGAGGCUUGAGCUAACUGCGGCCACUGUUGCUGUGCGCUUGAACACUAUGUUGAGGCGAGAGUUGGAGAUCAGUGUUGAGCAAUCAUACUUUUGGACUGACAGCAUGACUGUCGUAAAGUACGUAGUCAAUGAAACAUCGCGCUUUCAAACUUUUGUCGCCAACAGGCUACAAGUAAUUCAGGAAGGUUCCAAGGCUGAGCAGUGGCGGCACGUGCCUGGCAGUCUCAAUCCUGCUGACGAGGCCUCUCGAGGACAGAGUGGAGAAAGUUUUGUCCGAAACAAGCGAUGGUUGCGAGGUCCUGACUUUCUGAGAGAUUCUGAGGAGAGGUGGCCUGUGUUGCCUCCUCUGUCAUUGCGCCUAGAAACUGAUGACCCGGAAGUGAGAAAAUCCCCAGUAUCCGUCAUGGUUUAG